AUGGGCAUCACAACCGCCGAGCGCCAGCAGUACCAGCUCAAGGGCAUUGAAGCGUGGCUCGUCAAGCUUGGCCACCACGAGAAGGCCGCGCCGGUGGCCGACGACACGCCGUUCAAGGCGGAACUGAGUGCGAUCAAGACUGUGCUCAAGCAGCAUAAGUCGCAGCUCUCGUUUCUCUCCAAGCACGUCAAGGCGCCGGUGACGCCGCCGCGCCACUACUACACGACGGGCAUCAUUAUCUCGGGCAAGCGCACGCCGUUCACAAAGUACGCGGCGCACAAGGGCCAGAAGAAGCGCCUCGACACGAUCUACGAGACGGACCAGCUCUGGAAGGUCCGCGUCGACGAAGAGAAGGCCACCAAGACGGCAGCCGCCCCACCGGCGCGAAAGCGGCCUAGCGUCGCCAAGCAGCCCUUUGAAGUCGCUCAGAUCAAAGCGCUACUGCAUGCCCGGCCGUCGCACGUCUUGCCCAACUGCGUGCUGCCGCCCGUCGCGCCGCCGCGUCGGUACAAGCUCCGACCCGUCUUUGUGGGCGGUAAGCAAGUGCCCUUCACACUCAAGGUCUCUCGCCGAUGCGCACUGCAGCGCCACCCACUUCAUAUCGUCGCGGAAGGCCCCACGCGCCGCCAGCUCCAGCAGCGGACGACCUUGGCGAUGGCCAAGGAGCGCGCGAUCGACCCCGAGCGUGCCUGUUAG